AUGGACCCGAACAUGGAAAAUCGGCCUGCAGGUCAGAGGCCACGAAAAGUCCGGACGCGACUAAGCACCGCGUGCACACGGUGCCAGAAACGGAAAAUCCGAUGUGACGCCUUGUCGCCAGCCUGCAGCGCCUGUCAGCGAGCCGGCGUGCCGUGCAUUGGCGCAGGGGCAUCACGCGAGUGGCCUCCGAGUUACGUCGCCGAUCUGGAGACUCGAAUCAAAUGGCUCGAAUCCAUCAUUCAGGAGCACCUGCCGAACAUCGACUUGACUGCUGGGCCAGGUCAUUCGCCUGGCCAGCAAAGCCGCGAAACCAGAGAUGUUCAAUCUCCUAGCGAGGUAACCGAUCAAAUCGGACUGAUCUCCAUCACCCCGGGGACAGAUCUGCGCUACCUGGGCCCGUCAAGUGGGCUGUUCUUCACCAAGUUCGUCUUGGCUGGGCUUGGAAAGCGACUCCAUACCGAUAAGACCACCCCAGAUGUCAAAGCUGACGGAUUAGCCGUCCCGUCAGACCUCUUGGUUCCUCAACCAAAAGAGCUGCCUUCCGAUCCCAGCAAUACCCGAUGGCUCUCCCAGGCUUAUUUCGACAUUGUUCACCUGCAAUUUCCGUUUUUACACGAAACGUCGCAUGUGGAAACCAUUGAAAAGGUCUACGCCGAUCCCGAGGUCCCCGCGGUUCACGAGUUCCAGGUUUUAAUGGUCAUCGCGAUAGGUGCAUCCAUCCUUUCGCGCCGAAAGAGGGUCAUGUUAUCGGCCGAGGGCUACUUCGCGUCGGCCAUGAAGCUCGUGGAUGGCGUCAUGAAGACUUCCUCAGUGGGUGUUGCGCAAUGCAUCUUGCUUCUUCAGAUGUAUGCGCUCAACAACCCAACAUCAGGGUUGAACCUCUGGACUCUUCAUCACCACGGACUGGCACUGGCAAUAGAGCUGGGGCUGCACCGAAAUGUGCCGGCACGUAAUUUCACGCCCCUCGAAAGGGAAGUCCGCCGCCGGAUCUUUUGGUGCACCUAUACAAUUGAUCGGCUCCUGAGCACCCUGAUGGGACGACCGAUGGGCGUGGUCGAUGAGCAGUGCGAUCUAAAUUACCCGUUGGACGUCGACGAUGAUCAGCUCAAGACGGAGCAUCCGAAACCUCGUCAAAGCAACGAACCAGUUACCAACAUGACCAGCGCCGUUCAUCUCUUCAAGCUUGCCCGGUUCAAUAGCGAGAUCAAAUGUGUCCUGUACUGCGUCGAUCGACAAUAUCCCCCAUACACACAGCCGGCUAUCACCGACGCAGAGAGCUGGAAAGUCGACAUCCUGUCCCGCUUGCGACAAUGGCGAGAAGAUAUCCCGAGACAUCCGGAAACAAGUACCUGGUACUACAUGAAUCGCUUGAGUGAAAUCAAGUAUCAUGAACUGGUCAUGCUGGUCCUCCGACCAAACCCUAGAUUCCAGAACCCGGACAAGGCGUCCCUUCGAGAGUGCUUUGCUAGCGCCAUGGCCUGCAGCGAGCUUUACCACCAGCUCUACAGCGCCAACUCCCUCCAUUACGGGGGUAUUAGUGUCCAUUCCCUCUUUCUGUGCGUCAUGGUCAUGUUCUACUGUGUCUGGACCCCCCAGGGCAUCGCCGAGGAAGCAGAUCUUGACUCUCUGAUGCGGGCAUUGAAAGCUUCAUCGGACGUCCUCAGCGCUAUGGGCGAGUACUGGCCGGAGGCAAAGCGAAGUCGCGAUGUCCUCGACCGUGUUUUAAUGGCCACAAUCCGGCGAUUCACUCGCCACACGAGCAGAACACGAAGCAGCCCUACAUCCUUAGACUCACGGAGUUCCAUGGCCAUCCCAUCGCUUCUCCCCUCCGACCACCCUGCCGACGGUAGCUACGUAGACCUAUCUUCACACAGUGCCCCGCCACUUCCGAUGGAGGACGCGGGCGUGGAUGAUGAUCUAUUUGGGUUUCAAUACGGAGGCCCAGAGAGCUCUUUCACGUCUGCAGACAUACUCUCUCAAUUCCUGGGCUCUGGCACAGACGUGACGAUGGGCGAUUCUUAUGAUUUCGAACAAAUCGGGGACAGAGAGCUGGGGUGGUUUUGGGAGAGUCUGCGUGAUUCCGAGCGUCCGUAUUAG